UGUGUGUGAAUGGAGUAAUUGUUGGGAUGCCACGGAGAAACCGGGGAAACCCGCGGAAGAAAACUCCGCUCAGUAUAUAGUACUAGAAGUAUUAAGCUCUGUUGACAGAAAUGGACUACGCUAGAGAGACGAGAAACUGGAGAAAGCUGAAGACUGCCUAGGCGUUUAGACAAAGCUGUGUCACGACGUUCGAUGUAUCAACGCCGACAAUCCUCGCAGCUUAGUGACAAAACACGUCACAAUAUACGGAGCACCCAAGAAGACUGAACGAGGUAUGGGAAUCCCACACAACAACAACAACAAAGUUACGAAACUGUGAAGACACAGAAUUAAUAAGAGAAUUUUAGAACACACAGACAAAGAAUUUGAUGUCAUUAAACUAAAGUUAACGGCUAAAAGCAGCUGACAUAAUGCAAUAAACCAAGUAAAAUACGAAAAUGUUAACAUUUACCUUGGAAAUCGCAGCUCGGCCUGCCUCUCUCGCGACAAUCACAAACAAUACGAACAAGACGACGUGCAGCAAAAGAGAAUUAAACGUCUAACAUGGAGACAUAAUCUAUUUACAGUCUUAUCCAACGCGCCACAUUAAAUUGCAUUGCUCGGCAGUACACAAGCGGCAUCUUAAUAGGAGACAGUGAUGUAAAUUUUGCAGGCGAAAAUCUCACCACGUGCCCCGCGGCGAUAAAGGAAUGCGCCCACAGGCUAAACAUGUCGCAAGUGAUGUUUGGUUUUCAAGGAAAUCUCAAUUCAAGCGAUGCAAUAAUAAUAUUCUGACGUCUUGACCAAAUUCGCCGGCGUGUGCUGUAAACGAAACAUACAACAGCUUCGCUGUCAAAAGAAGUAAUUUAUCUGAAACUCCGAUGCUUUCUGUUUGAAGACAUAAGAGAAGCUAAAGUUUACAGAAUAAAUAACGAAUAUUUCACUAAACAAAAUCAAUCAGGUGAUCUUUUUAAAGGAGUUGCGUUCUUUAUUUAAACGUAGGAACUAAAUUUUUAUUUAUUAUUCGCAUAAACUUUGUUUUUCAUAACGUUAAAUGGUAGAGAAUGAUUUGCCACUUCGAAUAUUACGUCAGAAAAAUGUGCAACAGUGAAGUGUUACUGACAAAUAACAACAGAGUUGUAAACAUUUUUAAGUCACUACUAAUCUAACGACAUGAUAUGAUUUAAUAUCAAUAAGACUGAGAGAAGUAAUGUUUUCUUUGACAAAAUACAGUCACUUAUGAUAUAGUGUAUUUAUAACUUAUGACAUAUAUGUGAAACAGAAGAUAACUUCAGCUGAAAAACUGUAUAUUUCUGGAGAAGUCAAAAACAGAUCACUUAGAGACAAGAGAUGAAUUAACGGUAAAAGAUGCUGUUAACAGCGUGUUCUAAUUGUUUUAUUUGAACUCAACGCCAGCUGGGUUGAAACACUCAGUGUCUAAAGUGUAAAAAUGUAUAACUACCGGACAUGAAUCUAAAAGUUACAUAAUACAAAUGACCAUGAAUCAACGAGGGCACGUGAAUAACACAGCAUAGCUAAAUCUUGUAUUUACUUUCAGACGGCAUGGGGGUGAUAAUCGAAACAAAUAUUACUUCGGACAUGGACAGCUAUCUGACAGAUAGCAACUCCACGCUCCAACCAGCAGUUUAUAUAAACGCGAACGGUACGAACACCACUCAGAUUCCAUACGUCGACUACGCGGAGAGACCCGAGACCUAUAUCGUUCCGAUCCUGUUCGCCCUCAUCUUCGUGGUUGGUGUCCUUGGAAAUGGCACCCUGGUGCUCAUCUUUAUACGUCACCGCAAUAUGAGGAACGUCCCCAACACUUACAUAUUCAGCCUGGCUCUAGGAGACCUUCUAGUGAUCGUCACUUGCGUGCCCUUCACCUCGACAGUGUACACUGUCGACACGUGGCCAUACGGCGAACUGAUCUGCAAGAUGUCGGAGUGUGUGAAGGAUAUAUCCAUUGGCGUGUCAGUGUUCACACUGACUGCACUAAGCGCUGAUCGCUUCUUCGCUAUUGUCGACCCAAUGCGAAAAUUGCAUACAGGUGGCGGUGGACGCAGGGCCACAAAACUGACCAUUCUAACAGCUAUUUUCAUCUGGAUAUUAGCCAUCGCAUGCGCACUGCCAGCUGCUAUUGCAUCUCACAUAAGAAUACUGAAGAUCAAUGACACUAAGAGUUUUAGUUUCUGUUAUCCAUUCCGAGUGUCAUGGGGUGAAGUUUAUGCUGAAUCUAUGGUGAUCGCCAAAUUCAUAAUCUAUUACGCCAUCCCACUGAUUAUUAUCUCGUUCUUCUACCUUCUUAUGGCAAGGCACCUCAUUCUUAGUACCAAAAAUAUGCCUGGAGAAAUGCAAGGCCAAGCGAGACAGAUCAGAGCCAGGAAGAAAGUCGCUAAGAUGGUUCUUGCCUUCGUCAUAGUUUUCGCUGUAUGUUUCUUCCCACAGCAUGUCUUCAUGUUGUGGUUCUACAGCGAUCAAGAAGCAGCCAAUGAACAGUUCAAUGGCUUCUGGCACGCAUUUCGUAUCAUCGGAUUUUGUCUGAGCUUCAUCAACUCGUGCAUCAACCCCAUAGCACUGUACUGUGUCAGCGGUACAUUCCGCAAGCACUUCAACAGGUACUUGUUGUGCAUCUGCUGCAGGAGGGCUUCUGGAAGCGGUCGAGGGCGAAGCGUCGGCGGAAGUAACAGCUGCAGAGCCAGUGUAACCAGUAGGAGACACUUGGGAACAAUUACUUCGUCCAGAAGAUACGCGACGUGCACAAAAUCCACAUGGGAUUCGAGCACAAUCGCACACUACCGCAGUAGCACCAAGAGGAAACACACUCUUGCCAACCAACCCACUGAAGAGAUCAGUAUCACCACCUUCAUGAACGGAGGUUUGCUGGGGAAUGCUAAAGAAAUGCACACGGAGGACUAGUUGGAAGCCACGUCAAACCGCAUGCUGUUCCAUUUCUUCACCAGUAAAAAUCCAAAGUAAUUAUCCCAGGGGCCUCGAACAGUUUUGCAUUUCAUUGGUUUUCCCAAAUUGUGACAAGUAAGCAUUAUUACGAAUCCCAAUACUCAACACUGUUGUGAGUAAACUGGAGCUUCUUGGUUAAGAACGUAUUCAAAAUACCUUCCUUUUGCACUGUAGUGACUUCCAGUGAAGAUAAUACCAACCGCGGUUAAAUUAAAUUUGUCGCAAGUGUACCAACUUCUCACAGAGAAUUUUAUCCCCAUAGACGACUAUUUCCUGUUACACUGAAAACACAUUUUGCUUCCCAUCUAAGCCUGCUAUUGAACAAAUAUUAAAUGUCAAAUGAAAAUUAUCCCAUACCUUAUUUAGUUAGAUAGGAGUCUCUUAGACUGAUCACUUGUGGACAAUGUGUGUCAUUAUUAGAUGAUUAAUUAUGCAUAAAAAUGAACAUACAAAGCAGUAUUAAAAUACAUCUAUAUAUAUCAUCGUAAACAAAUCAGCUGUACCUAUUGAAGAGGGAGUACAGAAUUUAUUAAGUAAUAUUAAGUGUAGACUGUAGAGAUUGCAUCACCGGAAUGCAUCUUAAUCUAGUUUUCCGUGGUUAUCAUAUUUCUCAAAGCAAAUUCCUAAAUUGUGGCUCAAGAUAUUUCCACUGCUUCUUGUGACAGUGUCACAUGCACGACGUUUAGUGGUCUCUAGUGAUCGAUUCACUAAAUGGUUCCCUCGUCCACGCAAAUACUUUUUUUCUUUUCAAGAAACGCAGAAUAAAUGUGUUUUGUAAAACUACAGGGUCUGUCACUGGACAAAAUACCCUGGUUGUACCGAACAAUAUCUUAAUCAGCGGUACAAAUCGUGUGAAACUUAGUUCAAAAUAAAAUCGGCUGUUGCUCUGAUAAUGUAUCACUUCCCCACUGGUGCAAUUAUACGUCUAGUUCAAAAAAUCAAUCCCUCUCUUGUAUCAUAAACCCGUACUUUAUACGCAUAAUAUUUCUUGCAAAAAACAAAGAUUUUUGUCUGUAAGUGAGUGGUUCUAAUAGAUAAAAGCGUGUUCUGGCGGAUCAGAACAUAAGAUGAAGAGAUGAAGCUACUAAGGAAAGAAGACAUUUAACAUCCGGCGAUGAUACCUUAGUGUUUGCUCUGAACCAGUCACAGUCCAGAGAUACUAGUAAAAAAUCUUCAAGUAAAUACAAAGAUUGUAGUUUACAUUUACUACAAUGACACUCGCCAAAUCCAAGAUAAAAUGUGUGUGUGUGUGUUUUUUUUUAGUGAGGGUGUGGAAUGAAAUGUAUGAAUCUAUUCAGUAACUGUAAUAAUCUAGAAAGACCUCAUGAAACUUCAAUAGUAAUUCACUUCAACAUCUAGAAAUAACUUUACGAGUGAAGUGGGUUCAACAGUCACAUAUUUAAAGUUUCUAGUCAAUUUCUUCUUUGUGAGCGCUAAAGAUUGCUUAAUAUUUGCUGUCCACGCUUUUUGUAAGUAAGUGUUUUUGAUCCGGCAAACAUGUAGAAAAAUGUAAAAAGAGUGUAUAUAAAUAUCUCUUAUUCUACAGCGAGAGGGAAUGAAUGUAUGAAAGAGAGACAUAACGGAUGAAAGAGUGAAUUCAUCUGGAUAAGCUGUAUAAAAGAGUGUAUAAAAGUUUCUCAUGUGUAUGGUUUAUAACUCUUUGUCCGAGUAAAAAGAGUGUGUGCAUUCUAUGUGAUUGUCUCAAAGAACAUAUCUACUUGUCAGAGGGCUAAAAUUGCUACUGCAAUAGUAUAAGCAGACGUCAUAUCUCAAGCGUGAAAUUUCUUCAAAAACACGCAACCAAAGAUAAUGAAAACCGCUUCUUUAGUACAGCAUGAACUAAAAAUCUUUGAUGUCACAAUAUAUAAAUGUAUUAUUAAAACGACAGUGGUUAUUUGAUAUUUUAGAUCUGAUCUGAAGUUUCAUAUGAGUAAACGUAAGGGGAAAAGCAAAACAUUUUCUAAUUAUAAAAUCUUAUACAAAAAUGGGAUACGUAAAUAUUCCAGAUUUUCAAGUACGUACAUGUACGCGAAAGAAUUAAUAUUUCUAAGUGUUAUAUUCCUGCUUCAAUAUUCAACGUUGUAAUAAUUGUUAUUUUAUUUGUAAAUGUUACUUUCACCCGAAGAUCUGUAAUGGUGUCCAUUCUAUAUAAAACACAACUUAUUGUUCUUGGAAGAUGCAUCAAUAAAAAUGUUAAUUACUGUGGCAAAA